GGCCCGGGAGUCCCUGCCGCCGCGGCCGCCGCCUACAGAGCCUGAGUCGCGCUGGGUGCUGCCGGCACGAUGCGUCCGGGGCCCGGAGGCUGCUGCUGCCGCCGCCCGCUGCGGCCGAACGGCUGCGUGGCCAACGGGGAAGUGCGGAACGGCUACGUGCGGAGCAGCGCCGAUGCCGCGGCCGCCAGCGCCGGCCAGAUCCAUCAUGUUAUGCAAAAUGGAGGACUGUACAAAAGACCAUUUAACGAAGCCUUCGAAGAGACCCCGAUGCUGGUCGCCGUGCUCACAUACGUGGGAUAUGGUGUGCUCACCCUCUUCGGCUACCUUCGCGAUUUCCUGAGGCACUGGAGAAUUGAAAAGUGUCACCAUGCAACGGAAAGAGAAGAGCAAAAGGACUUUGUGUCAUUGUAUCAGGAUUUUGAAAACUUCUAUACAAGGAACCUCUACAUGAGGAUCAGAGACAAUUGGAAUCGGCCGAUCUGCAGCGUGCCUGGAGCCACGGUGGACAUUUUGGAGAGACAGUCUCAUGACUACAACUGGUCAUUCAAGUAUACAGGGAAUAUAAUCAAAGGUGUGAUAAACAUGGGCUCCUACAACUACCUUGGAUUUGCACGAAAUACUGGGCCGUGUCAAGAAGCAGCUGCCCAAGUCCUAGAGGACUAUGGAGUUGGUGUCUGCAGCACGCGGCAGGAAAUUGGAAACCUUGACAAGCAUGAAGAGCUAGAGAAGCUUGUGGCAAGGUUCUUGGGUGUAGAAGCUACUAUGGCUUAUGGCAUGGGAUUUGCAACGAAUUCAAUGAACAUUCCUGCUCUUGUUGGCAAGGGCUGUCUGAUUCUGAGUGAUGAACUGAACCACGCCUCCCUGGUUCUAGGAGCCAGACUCUCGGGAGCGACCAUUCGAAUCUUCAAGCACAACAAUAUGCAAAGCCUAGAGAAGUUACUGAAAGACGCCAUUGUCUAUGGUCAGCCUCGGACACGAAGACCCUGGAAGAAAAUCCUCAUCCUCGUGGAGGGAAUCUAUAGCAUGGAAGGAUCAAUUGUUCGUCUCCCGGAAGUGAUUGCCCUUAAGAAGAAAUACAAGGCAUACUUAUACUUGGAUGAGGCGCACAGCAUCGGGGCGUUGGGCCCGACUGGCCGUGGUGUGGUCGAGUACUUCGGCCUGGACCCGAAGGAUGUGGACGUCAUGAUGGGCACAUUCACCAAGAGCUUCGGUGCUUCUGGAGGGUACAUUGGAGGCAAGAAGGAGCUGAUCGACUACCUGCGGACUCACUCCCACAGCGCCGUCUACGCCACGUCCCUGUCCCCGCCCGUGGUGGAGCAGAUCAUCACCUCUAUGAAGUGCGUCAUGGGGGAGGACGGCACCACCCUGGGCAGGGAGUGUGUGCAGCAGUUGGCGGAGAACACCAGGUAUUUCCGGCGCCGUCUGAAGCAGAUGGGCUUCAUCAUCUACGGCAAUGAAGAUUCUCCAGUGGUGCCUUUGAUGCUGUACAUGCCAGCAAAAAUUGGCGCCUUUGGACGGGAGUUGCUGAAGCGCAACAUCGGCGUCGUGGUGGUGGGAUUCCCGGCGACCCCCAUCAUCGAGUCCAGAGCCAGGUUUUGCCUGUCGGCGUCUCAUACCAAAGAAAUGCUCGACACAGCGCUCAAGGAGAUUGAUGAAGUCGGGGACCUGUUGCAGAUCAAGUACUCCCGACACCGGUUGGUUCCUCUCCUGGACAGACCCUUUGACGAGACGACGUAUGAAGAGACGGAAGACUGAGCCUUUUUGGUGCUCCUCCGAGGAACUCGCCCUCACGCCGGACACUGCGUGGCCUUUCUGAGCCAGUGCCAGGAGCCACCCUUGCGUGGCCGUCUCCACUGAAAGACACUUUCCUCAGCUACCGACGGUGGCCACCUCCCCUCUCAGUUGCAUUUUGUAAAUAGUGAAAAUGACUUCACCUCCUUCCUUCGCUACGUUUCACCUUUUUUUUUUUUUAAAAAAAAGAGAGGUGAACUCACUGGCAUUUUUUUUUUCCCAUUAAAAAGUAUUUUAUUUUAUAACUAUUCCCCUCGUGAAAUCACGCGGCCCCCUGGCCCGCCUCUGGCUCGCCACCAGGCCGUCACCCUCCCUGGACAGCUCCUGCUGGCCCCGGCAUGGCCGCCUCUCGGGAGCAAGUGCCUUCCGCCGGCCACCACCCUGGCUCUCAGAGGUGGCGGCCGUGGGAUCAUUACCCACCCGCCAGGCAGUCGCGGGCUGUGUGUUCUUCAGUUCCGCCUUUUUUUGAGCAGCAGCGCGCAGCUCCCCGUAGCUCUCCCUGGCCGGGCGCCUCCUGAGCCGGGGUCUUCCUGCCCCGUCCCCUCCACAUGGCCUCUUCUUUCCACCCUCCCAAGGGACGUCCCGCUUCUGGGUUCUUUCCCGCUCACCAGGCUCUCCCGAAACGCCCUGUCUGGCAGCCCGCCCGCCCUGCUCAUCCCUGCGGGGUCGGGGUGGGAGGACCUCCCCCCUGCUCGGGAGAGUGGCAGGUGCCCUGCCAGGUGGGCGACCAAGGGGUGGUGUCUGGCACGUCCUCCUCUAGCUUAGACACCCUCAGGUCAGGGUCCCCGUGAGGAGUGAACCAGGAAGGCUGGUGACAGCUCUGCUCAGGUGAAUCGCUUUGUCAUGUCGCUCUGAGGGACUGAAGGUACCACUCUCCUUUGCGAAACCUGGCCCGCUGAAAUGCUCCAUCUUGGGAAUGCUGGUUCCCUUGGUUCUUGAUGUCCUGAGGUAAUUCUGACGUGAUUCUGGUCUCUUUGCCCAUCUGUUACUUUCUGUUUUUUUUUUUUUUCUUGACAAGUUCUGCACAUGUUAAACCCUUUGCUAAACCGGGGUCCUCUGCUUUGAGUCUUUUCAUAGCAGGUAGGAGGAUCUCUGUCGGAGAGCUUUAUUAUACUCACUGCCUAACCAAAGAGCAAAUGUGGAUGUGACCAGGUGAGAGUUCUCACUUCCUUCUGAUGACCAAAGCGUAGUGGACGGAGCUUCUGAUUUCCUUGUGUGCACGAUCAGCUUACCCUUUAGUAGCUGCCGGGGAGAUAGGGAGGGUUUGGGAUCAGAAUGGGAGAAAGGGGGGCCGAUAGUUUUCCAUGUCUCUGCUUUUUUAAUGGCUUCUUUUGCUGGUGAAGAGUCUCAGUCCAACUUCUUCCAGGCCUCUGACCACCAGCUGGUAUGUCUGUGCAAUGGCUUCCACUAAAGAUGCAAGUGGAGUCUCUGUUGGUGACUUUUUAAAAAAUGUUCUCAAGAAUAAGUUAUCUUGGCCAUCUGAGAGCUUUAAGCCCUUGAGAUUUUCCAAAAUUUUAUUGUAUUUUUUUUUUAAGGACUAGAAAAUAGUUAAUAAAAGAACCAAAUAAAGAUGCAGAGUCUGUAUUUAGCACAUGCAAGUUGAAGUGAAGAAGAGACUGUGAUGAGAAGGGACAAGUUAUAAGCAAAUACAAAGGCUUUGCUGACUCCUUUUGCACCUCUGGCUUCUUGACACAGAACUCCUUAAGCUUUUGUGCUGCAGUUACUGUGUUGGUGGGUUUGCCAAAGUCACAAACUUUUACAUGUAUAUACAUAUAUAUAUAUAUAAAACUUUCCAGGUGCAAAAUUAUUUCAGGAUAAAUACAGCUAAGUUUAAUUUGAAGAACCAAGACUUCUGUGAUCGUUUAAGACUUUUACUUUCUGAGGGCAGAACAUCGUGCACAGUCGCUCUUCCUGAAACUCUGUUCUAAGACCCAGGGUUCCAUCACGUUACAUAAGUCAUUGUUUAACCAGGCACGUGGUGAAAAACAAGUGCAGAUAAAUAACAGCCACUGGGAGUGAGCAGAAGCCCGGGACAUAGAAGUGCGCUUUCUGCAGUUUCGUACACGGCCUGUCCCCAGAAUCUGUUGGGUUCCACAGGGGUGUCAGCUGACCGUUAAUUACACUGAAAGCAGAGCUGGGGACUUACCCCCCAUUCCUCUUCCCUUUUUUCAUUGAGUUUUGCCUUGAUCCAUGCCCUCUCCCGGCAGAUCCCCCCGAAACUGAAGUGUAUGGGCAGGAGACCCCAAAACCACUCCAUGAACGGCCUAGGGGAAGUGGCCGUCUUUCCUCCCGCCUUUGCUUGGAAAGUGUUCAUUGAAAGGGAAUGUGCGGAGGAGGGUCUGUGAGACACUUCAAGUGAAUUUGUGUCUGCUGCUUUGAAAAAUUUCUCCUCUUUAAAGAAGAUUCUUCUGCUGCCUCGCAGCUUGCUUGUUUGAAAAAGAGCGUCUUCGAACAGUGGCCCUGGAGCCGCUCCCUUAAAGUCACACGGUGGGUGAAGGAUUUCGGGCGGUGAAAGCAAGCUUCUUGCUCACCAGCCCCUGUGGUGAGUGGAAACAUCCCCGUAAUUCCCAGGGGUGUGCGUUGUAGAGGCCGGGGAGUGCACCUGACACUUCCAGGCCCUUGUUCCGUCAGUCCUCAGCCCCUGCUGUGUCCGGCCUUCCUUCCUGUCUCCGCUCUUGAUGGUUAGGACUCUGGCUCUCGUGGGACCUGACGCGGGGCUGUGUGGAAGAGCAGUCUCCUUCUCUUCCUUCGCUCGGCCUCACGUGUCGGGAGGAGGCCGGGGGCAUCCCUUGGGCCUGCUUGAGCGAAGCUGCAUCUCAGUUCUUAGGAUGAGUACAGUCUAGAUGCACUCUUGCCCGCUGCUGCUUCGGGAAAACCAAGAGGAGGGAGGGAUAACUUAUGUGGAGACAGAAUCUGGCUUUUCAGGGAGGGCGAAGGGGAAUGAGAACACCAUCACUGCCUCGUUUCACCUGCCACCCCCUUCCCGGGGUGAUGGGAAUCUCUAGCUCCAGGGUAGCCCAUAGGCAGUGAAAGAACCCUUACCAUGCAUGAAUUUAUAGGCUGCACAGCCAUCUAGAGAAGGUCAAGUGCAUUGACUGUGUCCUCACUCCUGCCUGAGGAGUUGCUGUGACCUCCUUCCCAGGUGUCUCUCCCCUCUGAGUAUCCUGGGUAAGCCCAGAUAGUUUUGGGUCCCGGGAGACGGCUCCAGGGCCUGACUUAUGCGUCCCCCAGGAGCAAAACGUGUUUUUUAGUCUCUGCUUGCUCUGACCUAUGCGGCUAGCAAAAAGGAGAGAGCCGUGGUUUUUCGUGUGAGCGUUUCUCCUAGAGCGAGCGAGGUCCAGAGGGGUGGUGAAGGGGGCAGUAGGAAGGCCGAGGAGACUCCGCUGCUCUCCGCUUCCGUGAAACCCCGGAACCUCUAGCCCUGCUGCUGGCUGGAAGAGGGAGCUUGGGCCCAGCAGAAUUUCUGUCAGCAGGCCCAUAAAUCAAGACACGUUCCCGUGGAGAAAUGUGCGCUCCUUUGAUACUCACGGAGUCGUGUUACCCUGUACCAGGUUGGAAGGCUGGACUAGCCAGUGACACCACCCCAGCCUUUUGAAAGAGAAAUCGGCAGUGCCAGGGCUGGAACCCAGGGGCUCACACAUGCACGGCCUUACACCCCCCCCCCCCCCGAGCUAUCCCCCCACCCAAGCCCCUCCCCUCUGCUGUUUGUUGUAUAGAAACGGUCAUGGCCCUCUCGUCCUUUCCAGUAACUAUUGUUUUCCAAGCACUUUCUUUGCUCUCCGUGGAGUGUUUCUCAGGAGGAAGCAAGGUGUCGGCGCCUUGUUUGGAGUGUCCCGUCCGGUCUCCCCUGAGUGUGGGGCGUUCGGGAGGAGUCAGUGACCUCUACUGUGAUUCUCUGUGGGGUGAGGAGUUGUAGUUCACUGACCACAGGAACUGCUACGACUCAGCCUGCGGUUACUGUUUUGAGGGAAGGGAGACCCAAAACUCUGUCCAUUUAGAGUCGCGGGGGGGGGAGGGGUUAAGGAAAGGGAAUAGCCAGAGUCUAGCUUUGUGCUAAGCAUCUCCCCCUUGUUUUGCCAUCUGCCCGAAUCAGUGGAGUUUUGCUUGCAUGAGGAGCCUUGCACCAACUCAGCCUGCCUGCACCGCCCACCCCCUGCCCCACCCCCGCCCGUGAUCCCUAAGAAUCUCCUGAGAAGCGUGGUUGCCUCCUGAGGGAACGUGGGACACACCACUGGCUCUGCCGAGGGCUCAGCCGUCCUCAUCCUUCACAUUAGACCGUGACACUCUGUGAUGUGAGACCAAUGGUUGGAAUGAUAAAAGCCAUUCUGGAUGGUUCGUCACAGGCGCGGGUGAGAUCGCCCUGUUCCCACACGGUCUUGAUGAUCCCUCUCUGUGAAAAGUAGCCGCUACUAAGAGAAGGGGGAAGAGAUGCACCAAAAUAGGGUCGCUGUUGUGUGGGGAGCUAAGCUCUUCCCGUGUUGAUCUGUAAUUCUCUAAUGACCAAUUUACCUGUAAACUAGAAUUUAUUUGCAAGAGGUGCUGUGAGAACCCCUCUCCAUUGCUGUAAUGCUCACGUAAUCCCAGACAGUGAGAGGGGACAUGUAAAUAAAAUUGUAAAAUUGUAGCAAUGUGUUAAGAUGUCACUCUUUCUUCCUUACCUCAUAUGUCCUUUUCUUUCUUUUUUAAAAAUUUUGCCAGACAAUGAUUUGUCACUUUGACUCUGUCGGAUGACUGAAGCCGCAGGUAGUAGGGGGGAGAGAUGGGACCUGAUUUGAGAGCACAUGUCAAGAACUGAAAGUGAACUUGAUGUCUUAAGAAUCCCCCCCAUGCAAAUAAAUUGUUUUGUCCCAAUCAGAUAUUGAAAAUGAUAUGUCUCCCUUUUGUUUUUCCAUUCCACCAAUCAAUGCAGAGUGCCAUGUCCACACCCCACACUCCACGGAUCGUGUCUGUUAGGUGCAGUGAGCACAUCAGUGUGGUUCCGACUUGCUAGCCAGAAGAAUAGCACGUGACUCUAUCUGUUAUUUUACAAACGGCUGAGUGAAAAAAACACAUGACGAAAGAUUAUAACUAACAUCUGAUGUAGAUAGAUGGUCCUGAUAAAACUAGUAUUAUGGAGUAGAGAAUGUGUGGCCCAGUAGUUAUGCAUUUGAUCAUUAGCAUCACCAAAAAACUCCAGGGGAGAUAACUCAAGGGGUUGAACACAUCCCUAGCAUAUUUCCUCGGACAUUCUCUGAGUGUUGAUCCUAGGUAGCCCAGGGGAGACCAAGUGUGGCAUUGGCGAUUUGGAUAGGAUACAAGGCAAGUGUCUGAACUGUGGUACUAUCCCGCUGGGUGUGUGGCUUCUUUUGAAAGAAGAUUGUGACCAGGGAGAUGAUUCAGUGUUGUAGCACAUCCUUGGCAUGCCAGGAGCACUGGGCUGGGUUCCUGCUACCAUAUGGUCCCCCAGGCAGCACAGGGGAGUGAUUAAAACAAACAAAAAUUCUUAGAAGGAAUAGGGAGUAUGGUUGGUUGAUGUUUUGUGAGCCAUGGGUGUUUUUGGGUUGGGGGAAUGGUAGCAGGAGAUGGAAGAGGGGCUGUCUUGGGCUCAGACCCUAAUCCUAACCUUGUAUUGACUAGUUCCGCUUAGGCACUGGUAGAAACUAGUGAAAAAUUUUGAAGGAUUGAAAGGUAAUGAGCACCAGCACACUUCUGUAGAUGUUGACAAGUGGACAGGCUUUUAAAAGUUUAGUCGUUAGUUUUUGGUUUGGGGGCCACUCCAGGUGGUGCUCUGAGCUCAGGGCUCACUCCUGGUGGUGCUCAGGAGACUGGGUGCCAGUGAUGAAAGCCUGGUUGGCAGUACGCGAGGCGAGUGCUCAGGCCCCAGCAAGCUGCCAGGAUGAUCUAUAUGGAGAUAUUAGUAACCUAGAAGAACUCAGACCUGAUUUCAGACUUUCUGUAAAGCUGUUGUCAUUGAACUGCAGUUAGCAUUUGGAUACUUGUAGGAAUUGAUAAAAUGAAGGUCCAGAAAUAAAACCCCUCAUUGGUUUUUUUUU